CUUGAGUAAAUAAUUUCUAUGUGUAAUUAGGCCUGGGUUAGUUACUGUGUUAAAGGCUCCUAAGGCCAUUUUUAGGCCCUCAGAGCCUUUGAAUGGGUUGGUAAAUUGUUGAAAGGGGUUUGAUUCCGGUAAGUGUUGCAUCAGUGUUAAAACUUCAGAGAUGUACUUGAGUGGAAAUAAUAAUUUUUGUGCAUGUUUAGUUUGUGGAAAUUAAUAAUUUUUCUGGUAGAAUCUGAGAGUUUGGGUUGCACCUUUCCGCCUUUGCCUUCACCACGCUGGCAUGUGAGUAAAUAUUCGUUCAGAAUCCUUUCUUUUAAGGUUUAAAAUGACGUUUUUGUCAUUUAAAAUUUACUUUUAGCGCGAACUCUUGCACUUUGCCCACUGGAGCUUUACUUUUACUAUGGAAGGCACAGAUUCCCACUAAGCCCAGACCUUACCUAAACUCCAGCAAUACUUCCUCCUACAGCUCAAAUUCUGAGCCAAAUAUUAAUUUUUUACCCGUAAAUUCUCUUUCGAAUUUUUCAACAAACACACAAACAAAGUUUUACACACUUUUACACACUUUUACACAUUUUUACACAUUUUCCAGCCAAUUUUACACAUAAUUUAUCGUAAAUAAGGUCAAAUUUAAGCGUAACAAGGCCAAAUUUAAGCGUAAUUUAAGGGAAUUUAAGCUAAAUAAGGUCAAAUUUAAGCCUAAUUUAAGGGAAUUAAGGCGUAAUUUGAGGGAAUUUAAGGCUAAAUAAGGGUAAAUUUAAGGCUAAAUAGGGAUAAAUUGAGGCUGAAAAAAGGCUUUGGAUAUUGAAAUUGAGCGACUCUGUUCCAGGUAUGGAGGUGAGUGAGCACAUAGAUGAUCAUAUAUUAUCGCGUUAUAAGAUAAUUCAAAAGAUUGGCAAGGGUGCGUAUGGUAUAGUUUGGAAGGCAGUGAAGCGUGACACGAACGAGGUUGUUGCGCUAAAGAAGAUCUUUGACGCGUUCCGAAACUCAACUGACGCUCAGAGAACUUAUAGAGAAAUUAUGUUCCUCCAGAAGCUGAAGAAAUGCCCGAACAUUGUGAAGCUGAGGGACGUGUACCCGGCGGAUAAUAACAGAGAUGUGUACCUGGUGUUUGAGUAUGUGGAAACUGAUUUACACGCAGUAAUCAGGUCAAACAUACUUGAGGAAGUGCACAAACGUUACAUUCUGUACCAAUUAUUAAAGGCUAUACACUUUAUACAUACGGGGGACUUGUUACACAGAGAUCUUAAACCCAGUAAUAUUCUACUCAAUAACAAGUGUAAUAUUAAACUGGCCGAUUUCGGUCUCGCCAGAUCUGUAGCACCCAAUAAUAACUCACUCGAUAAAUGCUUAUCCAAAGAUAAUACUACAGGAAUAGUGAUGACUGAUUACGUGGCUACAAGAUGGUAUAGGGCUCCUGAGAUUUUGGUGGGUAGUACAAAGUAUACUAAAGGAGUUGAUAUGUGGGCGAUUGGUUGUAUAUUUGCUGAGAUGUUACUGGGCAGGCCGAUGUUCCCUGGCUCCAGCACUAUUAACCAAUUAGCCAAGGUGAUUACGUUUACGGGAAUGCCGUCGGAGGAGGAUAUGGACUCGUUAUCAAGUCCCUUCACCAAGGUCAUGAUCUCAUCACUAACCAUACGGAAAAAGAAUAUCAAGGAAUAUUUCCCGAACACCUGUGAAGAAGGGUUGGAUCUGUUGAACAGAUUACUGCAGUUUAAUCCGACAAAGAGAAUUAACACUGUAGACGCACUGGCACAUCCGUAUUUGAGUAAUUUUCACAAAAACACGCCGUUACCAAGACUGGCCAGGGCCAUCAGCAUCCCCGUCUGCGACAACGUCAAAUACGAUCUCAUCAACUACAGACACCUCAUUUACAAGUUCAUACAAUCGAACAAUACUAAUAAUUGUAAUACUAACACUGUUAAUACGGGUAACACUGUUAAUACGGGUAAUAUUGUUGAGGAUGUGGUGGUGACUGGUGGUACCCAGGGCAAUGUGGAGAAUUCUUGGACAAAGAACACUUCAGGACUAAACCUGGACCUUAAUCAAAAUAACCCGGGGAACCCUGUGGAUCGGGGGAAUUUGCCUGGUGUUAACCCUACCAACAGUAAUCCUAGUAGCACCAGUAAUCCUAGUAACACCAGUAAUCCUGGUAAUAGUAAUGAGAUGGCAAGGGGUAAUAUUAAGGACGAGAGUAUGAGGUAUUAUAGUAUAAAUAGUGCGGACUACGAGACGUAUGAAAAGGGCAAAUUAUCAGUAGAAUACCUAAAGGCCAAAAACCUCGGCAGCAUCCUCAAACCACUACAAAUCAAUAACCCACACUACAAUAACACACAGUACAACAAUUCACAAUUUGGUAAUACUAACACACAAUUCGGUAAUUCUAACACACAGUUCGGUGGUACACAAUUUGGUAGUUCACAAUUCGGUGGUACACAGUUUGUUAAUAAGCAGCAAUAUAAGCCUCAGUAUAAUAAUAUGAAGGGACAGUAUGUGAGGGGACAGAAUAAGUAUCAGUAUGGAAAAGGACAGUACGUUGGUGGUAAGUAUAAAGGACAAACCUUUCCCGAUAAAAGAUUUAACACCCUUCAACAUUUCAACUCCUUUCACCCCACCAAUCAAUUUAACACUAUUAACACUAUUAACUCUGUGAAUAAUGUGAACACUGUCAACUCAGUGGGUGCUGUGAACACUGUCAACUCGAUGAAUAAUGUGAAUAUGAAUAAGGUUGGAGUGGGGGUGGGGAAUAUAUUUCCGUUGUGUAAGUUUGUGCCGAAGAAGCAGGAGAGAUUUGACUCUGUAAAUCACCAACCUUAACAUUGGUAUAAUCAUACCUAAAGCCCUUGGCUUAUCGCAACAAUCUCUUACACACUUUACACA